AUGGACGAGCUCGUUCGCUUUGUCAAGCAGCACCGCCGCCAGAUCACGCGUUUCGCCAAGAAGGCGUUCACGUGGUGGAAAAAGAACCAGGGCGGAGGACAGCAGCAAGGCGGUGGCGGCGGUGGUGGUGGCUCGUACGGCGGCUCUUACGGCCAACAAGGUGGUCAGCAGGGCGGCCAUCAAGGAGGCUACGGCGGUUAUGCUGGUGCAGCUGCAGGAGGCUAUGCAGGAGCGGCUGGAGCAGGCGCUGGGUACGACCAUCCGCCACCGCAAGGCUCGUACGGUGUGCCACAGCAGCAGCACGGUGCGCCGACGCAGGGCCCGCACUACAAGUACUCUGCGGACAACCAGGUGAACCAGCACGAUGCCAACUACAUGAAUCUGCGCAACCAGGCGCGCUCCGAGGGCGACAAGAUGGCGCAGUGCUUCGAUCAGUCGCACAAGGCGUAUGCGCAGGGCGACGGCGCACGCGCCAAGCAGCUCAGCAACGAGGGCAACGCGCACAAGGCCAACAUGGAACGCCUCAACCGCCAGGCGGCCGACUGGAUCUUUAUGGCCAACAACGAGGACUCGCCGCAGGGCACCGUGGAUCUCCACGGUCUCUACACGUCCGAGGCGCUCGAGCGAACCGAACAGGCAGUGCGCAAUGGCCAGUCCCAGGGCUGGAACGAGCUGCGCAUCAUUGUCGGAAAGGGACUGCACAGCAAGGACCACCGCCAGCACAUUGCGCCCGCCGUCGAAAAGAUGAUGCGCGACUACCGCCUCGAGGCGCACCUCGACCCAAGGAACGCCGGCGUGCUCGUCGUCAACCUGCGCGGAAACGGCCAGGGCGGCGCCAACUUUACGCGCGACCUCGCCAAGCAGACCACCGGCAACGAGGACGAGUGCGUCAUCAUGUAG